AUGACAGACACAAAACACGACGAUACGAACACCAUCUGGCAUCUCUCCGAACAAGGCUGCUACGUCGCCCUCACACACGACCAUCUCGACCUCCAACAAGCCAUAGACAGAGUCCGCAGCCCCGCAGCCGGCGCCAUUGUCUUGUUUGCAGGAACAACAAGAGACAACUUUGCCGGCAAACCAGUCAAGGAACUCCAAUACACAGCUUACAACAAACUCGCCCUCCGCACCAUGCUUUCCAUCUGCAAGGACGUCCAGGCCAAGCACGGCCUUAAGGGCAUCUCCAUGAUCCACCGCCUUGGAACGGUGCCCAUUGGCGAGGAGAGCAUCCUCAUCGCCGUCUCGUCACCGCAUCGACAGGCUGCGUGGAGGGCUGGCGAAGAGGCUCUCGAAGCGUGCAAGGAGCGCGUCGAGGUGUGGAAGAGGGAGGAGUUUGAGGGCGAGGAGGGCGUCUGGAGGGCGAAUCGGGAUGGGGCCGUUGGACAAAAGGUGGAAUCAUGA